AUGAUCCUGGACCUGGCCAUCAUCAACUCCAUCUUUCUCAUCUUCAUGCUCCUCUCCACUCUGCUCUUCCUGCUGGAGGAUUUGUCCUGCUCUUCCAUUCUCCUCCCAGGGUACAUAAGGUUCCUUUUGCUCCUCUUCGUGAUGUUCUACAGCGUAGAGCUGUACCGGCUGACAGCCAUCAGCAUUGAGAGGUGCAGGUCUGUCCUCUGCCAACCUGGGUGCUUCUUCCACCUUCCCCAGGACCUGUCAUGGGUGGUGGUGAGUGCCGUGCUCUGGGCCCUUUCCAUCACUGUCAUCGCUGCCAUUUCCGCGGUGACUUUCCUGUGCCAGUCACAGGAACACAGGCAUUGCCAGGGGGCUCUCAUCUCCCUGUACACCCUCAACUUCCUCGUCUUUGCUCCAUCCGUCGUCAUUUCCAGCACAAUCUUCUUCAUUCAUUUCAAGUAUAGAUCCCAGCAGCACCAAAUAAAGAAGCUUGAUAUCAUUGUCUUCCUCGCUGUGCUCCUCACUCUCCCCAUCAGUCUCUGGAAUUUCCUGCAGCAGCUCGGCUACACCACUGUGUCCCCCCAGGUUGUUCUCCUGUUUGCCUGCAUGCACAGCAGCAUCAACCCCUUCAUCUACUUCUCAGAAACAAAGUGCUGGAAGGUCCGCUCCAUGGAGUCCUUCAGGGACUGCCUCCAGAGUGUCUUUGAGGAGCCAGAAGAAAACAAUGCCCGCAGGGACGGUGUGGUCUGAGCCUGUUGAACCCUUCAACUGUUGCUAAUCUCAUGAUAUGAAUUCACUGAUAUUAUUAUUUUACUUAUUUGCUAUUUGUCUAUGGUACCACUGACUGUUUGACUGAAAAUAAAUUACAAAGCCAGCUGCUUUACAGACUUUAAUAUAUCCUUGUAUAGAUACCUAAAAGACCUGUAUCAUUUUAAUAAACCUUUCUAACUACUAUUACUGAGAGGAUUUUAGAAUGUAUUAGGGAGAUUCUUCCAGUUAAGGCCUGGACCCUGGCCAAAUCCUAGCCUUAAAUGGUCGGGAGGUAUGCCAAUAACUGAGGUCUUUUCUGCAUCAAAAUUAUACUUAAAUAAUUUUGACUUGCUGAAUUUAGACCUAUAAAAGCUGGAAUUCUUUCUGGAUUGAACUUGGAAAAUCUUAGCUGGGAAUGGCUCUCCAAGCCCUCACUCUAAAUUGAGGCUUACCAGUUACUGCAGACUCUGGAUGAUGGUACAGUAUUAGGCAAUUGACAAUGCAUUGUUUUAAAUCACCAUUCUUUUAUUUGUGUAUUACUAAUCACCUGUAUUACCUAAUUUAUUUUUGCUUGUUGUGAAUUUAUUGUUUCGCCUCACAGUUUUUUGCUUUUUAUGUUGCCUUUAUGUUCAAUAGUGGGAGACACGUGUUGUUAAAAAACAAAAAGAGGGAAUAUGGCCCUCCAAGAGUGCUUAAAUAAUGCAGUAUUUAUAAAAAAAUUUUGAACUUAAAUAAAGUCAUAUUUAAGUCCUGGUAGAGUGACACUGCUUUGAAGAUAUACACGUGCAGAGCGUAGCAGAUUUCCUAACCUAGGGAGAAGGUAUGCAUGUCUUCUAUCACCAACAGGUCCAAAGUUACCUCCUCAUCUGAACAAAUGUCUAUCAUCUUCAAAAGGAAUGAGGCCCAGAGAAAGGAAAAAUUACUUCAUUGCCAUCCAGCCCUGAUGCUGACAACUGAAGAUGUGUGAUUUCACCCUCUGGGGAAUGCCUGUGAGAAGAACCUCAUCAGCACCUGUUUGAACUCUAACAGAAUAAUGGACUUAAUACAUGGAUUGAGUUAAAUUAGGCUUAUAUGUAUUAGGCAUUAUAUUAUAUAUUGUUAUGGUUAUUCCUUGCAUUUUACAGUGUGUGAAAAAAUUAAUAGACAAGUCACUUAAGAGUGUAUUUUUAGUUGGAAGGAAUGGGGAACUAAGGGAAUGGGAGCUAAGACAAAGAGUACUGUGGAUUUAAUUAGCAAAUGCAGUUUGAUAACCAAGAUGCCUUGGCAAGAACAAACAGAGCUUUGAAGAUUACAGAAAGAUUGGAUCAAGACUGGCGACAGGAAAGAAGAUUGAAUCAAGUAGAAAUCAAUUGAAUCAAAUUUGUCUGUGUGAUGUUUAACCCACUGAAUAUAGUAAAAAAGUAUUAAUCUUCCUAAAAAUGGUAUAUAAGCAUAUGUAGCUCACAGUAAAUUAAGAUUCAAAUCACAAGUCAGUGGUACCCAUCCCCAUCUCAACCAUCGAUACAGAAUCUUUUGUCUUUUGAACUGCCUGAACUUGCCCACUCUCUUUCCUGGGGUGCA